AUGUUCUCCUCUGCGCUCAAGUCCUUUGGCAGCACCAACAUCUCCUCCAACUAUACGAUAUCUCCGAAUCCCACAUCAACGGCCGGGCCAUGGAAGAUUUACGAUGCGAAGAAGAAGUCUACUGGCAAGACGUACAGCGCCUUCGUCUUUGACAAAAAGGCCCUAGACGCACACGGCAGUUCUGUGGGCAAGGGCAAUGCCGCAUCCUAUAAACGAAGCGUCGAAGAGGUGGUUGAGCGCUUGAAAAAGGAAGCGUCCAGUUUGGCCAAGCUGCGGCACCCGAGCGUCCUCGAACUUGUCGAGCCAGUGGAGGAAACAAGAGGCGGUGGUUUACAAUUCGUCACAGAAGCCGUCACUGCGUCGCUGUCAGGCUUACUACAAGAAAAAGACGAUCAAGAACGCUCUGGUCCCGGAGGACGGUCCAGCCGAUACGUUACAGAGGAUGCCGACGGCGUACGCAGAAGGAGGGAGAUUGAAAUUGACGAACUGGAAAUCCAAAAGGGCUUAUUACAAAUCAGCAAAGCAUUGGAGUUUCUACAUGACAAUGCAGGACUUGUUCACGGCAACCUGACUCCCGAUGCAGUCCUCAUCAAUGCCAAGUCUGACUGGAAGAUUAGUGGUCUGUCUUUUUGUAGUCCCGCGGACAACUCGACCAAGCCUACCUCGAUCCAUGGCAUUAGUCUGCAUGAAGUCCUCAACUUGGAUCCCAGAUUACCCAAGUUUGUCCAGCUAAACCUGGACUACACUUCUCCAGAUUUCGUCAUGGAUAACAACCUGACCCCUUCUGCCGACAUGUUCUCACUCGGUCUGUUGUGUGUGGCUCUGUAUAAUUCACCUCACCAGUCGCCGAUAGAGUGCCAUGGAAGUCUUUCUUCAUAUAAACGGACGUUUUCUUCGCCUUCCACCGUCCCCACGACGACCAACAACUAUCUCUCGUCCAGACCACUGCCUAGGGACUUGUCAAAUCAUGUGCUCCCAAAGCUCAUCACAAGGAGACCUGCACAGAGAAUGACAGCCAGAGAAUUUCAGCAGAGCGAGUAUUUUGACAACGUCCUUGUCUCUACAAUCCGGUUUCUCGACACGUUCCCUGCUAAAACUCCUAAUGAAAAGUCUCAAUUCUUGCGAGGCCUCAACAAAGUCUUGCCCUCUUUCCCCAAGUCGGUUCUAGAAAAGAAGCUUUUGCCGGCGCUGUUAGAUGAGAUGAAGGAUAAGGAUCUUCUUUCUCCGAUCCUCCAGAACGUCUUCAAGAUACUCACCCUGCUGCCGGCAGCGCGGAGAGCAUUCAGUGAGAGGGUUCGGCCCGCUUUGAAGGCCGUCUUUGUGGAAAACGCAAAACAGAGCCAAGAGAAGGAUCCUGCCCGGGACGCUGGCCUGAUGGUCUUCUUAGAGAACAUAUCAGUAAUAGCAGACAACAGCAACGGCGGGGAGUUUAAAGAUGAUGUACUGCCCGUUAUUAUAGCAGCCAUCGAGUGUCCCACUCCUGCAAUUGUUGAUGUAGCUCUGAGAAGCUUUGCCGUUGUGCUACCCGUCCUAGACUUUAGCACAAUCAAGAACGAGCUGUUCCCCGUUGUUGCCGCGGUAUUUAGUCGAACAAACAGUCUGGCCAUCAAAGUCCGCGGUCUUCAGGCUUUCGUCGUCCUCUGCGGCGGCUCCAACGAUUCCAGUGCAGACGAUGCAGGCCUCAGUGAAAAGAUUGUACCUUUAGUCAAAGGUAUCAAGACAAAGGAGCCCGCCGUCAUGAUGGCCGCGCGGGACCUGAUGUAUGUGGUCGGGCAGACAGCCGACGCCGAUUUCGUGGCCAUGGAUAUCCUACCAAUCCUAUGGAGCAUGAGUUUAGGGCCGCUUCUCAACCUCAAGCAAUUCAAGUCUUUCAUGGACCUCAUCAAGACAUUGUCACGUAAAGUCGAGGACGAACAGACGAGGAAGUUGCAGGAGCUCUCCGGCUCCAUCAACGGAUCUACAGCCAUCAACGAAGACUUUAUGGCGUUUGGCGGAGUGACUGGAACCGCGUUCGAUGCUACCAACGGCAACGAGGACGACUUUGAAGCGCUGGUUAAGGGAAGAACAGGAGGCAGCUCCAGUGCCGCAAGGACGCCAAGCUGGGAAGACUCACCGCAUGUGGCCGCCGCCAGCGUCAGUCGAUCGUCAACGGCAACUCCCCAGACUCCGUCCUUUUCCUGGUCAACUCAGCCCCCCAUGAGCCCUCCAGUGAAGCAGCCAAGCACGCUCCAAAGCCAGCAGCCUUCUUUCCGCACCGUCACGCCUGAUCUCAACCGCUUCGAAGUCAUGACGCCCAGCUCGACACAAUUCAGCCAGCCCUUGCAGCCGACGCAAUCUGGCUUCCAGCAAACGCCGGCGCAGCAGUCUGCACCAAGUUUCGGUUGGUCAUCCACUGCUUCAACCACGACCAAGAGCUUCACACCGCCGCCCUUGGCAUCAAACUAUUCUUCUACAAUGUCAAACUCCAGCUCCAGUUCCGCGCCCGCGCUAAGCGACUCCCGCGGCUCAUCGUUUUCCCUCGCACCACCGCCAGCUGGAUCGCAAAAUGUAUGGGCUUCGAGCAGUCCGUCUCAACAGCAGAAACCAAUGGGCUUUGGUGGAAUGAACAACAGCUCAAUGGGAGCCAUGGGAAGCGGAAAUUCGUUUUCAAGUAGCGUACCUCAACAACCUCAGCAGCAGCAGCAGCAGCAGCAGCAAAAGUCCGGUCUAGACAAGUAUGAAAGUCUGAUUUAG